AUGGGAGCUGAGCAGGUGGGACAACUGUUCCUGAGAAGCUACCAGUUUUGUCCAAAGAAGAGCCUCACGGAGAGAAUCAAAGGUUCUUUGGUUCGUGUUAAGAAAGUUGUGUGGCUAAGGCUACGAUCUGCUACCAGACUCAGGAAGAUGGUUUUUUCCAGGUUCAGAAUCAAAUGCGGCUUCUAUUACCGGAGAAGAAGGUUUUCACCGCUUCUCAAUGGUCACAACCGCAAAAGUGACUCUUUCUCAUGUUUCUGGUAG